UUCAACAGGCGGAUAACCCGUAUUUGGUUACACCGGACUCAGACUUGAGGGGGUAUUUUUCCCAUCACAUAGGCCUACGGGUUGUCGUUUCUACUGCGCUCGGUGCACUAGUGUAGGCAAAACAUGUCUCACAAAGCUUGUUACACAAACCCAGGAGCAGGGGUUAAGCGACCCCGUAACGACACAGGGAACAAGUUGACAGUUGUACUUGGUGCACAAUGGGGCGAUGAAGGGAAGGGAAAAGUGGUCGACUUGUUGGCGACAGAGUCGGACAUCAUUUGCAGAUGCCAGGGCGGUAACAACGCAGGUCACACGGUGGUGGUGGAUGGGAAGGAAUAUGACUUCCACCUCCUACCCAGCGGGAUCAUCAACUCCAAAGCUCUUUCCGUGAUCGGCAAUGGUGUGGUCAUUCAUCUGCCAGGCUUGUUUGAAGAAGCUGAAAAAAAUGAAAAGAAAGGCCUUAAAGACUGGGAGAAGAGACUGAUAAUCUCAGACAGGGCCCACAUUGUGUUUGACUUCCACCAGGCAGUUGACGGGCUCCAGGAGGUACAGAGACAAGCACAGGAAGGGAAAAAUAUUGGAACCACAAAGAAAGGCAUCGGACCAACCUACUCAAGCAAAGCAUCACGUACGGGGCUGCGUAUCUGUGACCUUCUAGCUGAUUUCAAAGACUUUUCUAUGAGGUUCAAGAACCUUGCCCAGCAGUACCAGGCCAUGUUCCCCACACUGGAGGUAGAUGUUGACGGUCAACUGAAGAAAUUAAAGGAGUAUGCUGAGCGGAUAAGACCCAUGGUGCGAGACGGUGUCUAUUUCAUGUACGAUGCUAUUAAUGGACCCCCUAAGAAGAUUCUGGUGGAGGGAGCGAACGCUGCCCUGCUUGACAUUGACUUUGGAACCUACCCAUUUGUGACAUCAUCAAACUGUACCGUGGGUGGUGUAUGUACCGGACUGGGCAUCCCCCCUCUGAACAUUGGUGAUGUGUAUGGGGUGGUGAAGGCCUACACCACUAGAGUGGGCAUCGGGGCGUUCCCUACAGAACAACUCAAUGAGGUUGGAGAGCUGCUGCAGACGCGGGGCCAUGAGGUGGGCGUGACCACAGGGAGGAAGAGACGCUGUGGUUGGCUGGAUCUGGUCAUCCUGCGUUACGCCAACAUGAUCAACGGCUUCACUGCGUUUGCAUUAACCAAACUUGAUAUCCUUGAUGUGAUGGAUGAAAUCAAAGUGGGAGUGUCUUAUAAGCUCAAUGGCAAAAAGAUUCCCUAUUUCCCAGCUAACAUGGACAUCUUGCAGAAAGUGGAAGUGGAGUACGAGAAACUGCCUGGCUGGAAGAGUGACACCUCAGCCUGUAGGAAGUGGGAAGAUCUGCCUGUCAAAGCCCAGAACUACAUCCGCUUUGUGGAGAUCCACGUUGGCGUACCCAUCAAAUGGGUUGGAGUGGGCAAGGCCAGGGAGUCUAUGAUCCAGAUGUUCUAGGACACAAGACCUUCCUCCAUCCUUCCUCUCUCCAUGAAGGUGAAUUGAGGUGCUAUGGCUUUAUCUGCCCUGGUCAGAUUUCCUCUGUUUUGAAAAUGUUUUUCCUACUAUACGGGGCUGGCGCAGCCACACAAAGUGAGCAAAUAUGAGACUUUGAGACAUGUUCAGAAAAUACUUAUAUUGAUUGUGUCACAGUGGCCCUUCUCUGUUGCAAUUUACAAACCAUGAAAUGAUUUUAGGUGAGUUCAGAUGGACUUGUUUAUGUCCCAAUUCCUUUCUUUGCACUGAUAUAGCAUUUGAGUAUUUUGCAAAAUAUUGCUUUGAUUUGACAUUACUGUCAUGUCAGGUAGCCUACACUGUUUAGACUUGAAUGAACCUUGGCCAGUAUCUGGUGCCUAAUACGUGCAUGCUGAUGUAGAACCACAGCUGAAAAAACUAUUUUGAACAAUGUGUAAUGGCCAGAAUUAUGUAGUCAUGAGUAUAACAUUACAUUUUUUAUUUAACUGGGCACUUCAGUUAAGAACAAAUUCUUAUUUAUAAUGACGGCCUACCAAGAGGCAGGGACGUGGGCUGGGAGAAAUAAAAAGUUGGACGAAACACACAUCACAACAAGAGAGACACCACAACACAUAAAGAUACAUAUAUAGAUAACAAUAAUAAUAAAGAUACAUAAGAUACAAUACAUAAAGAGAGACCUAAGACAACAACACAGUAUGGCAGCAACACAACACAGCAUGGUAGCAACACAACAUGACAACAACACGGUAGCGACACAACAUGGCAGCAGCACAACAUGGUAGCAACACAACAUGACAACAACACGGUAGCGACACAACAUGGCAGCAGCACAACAUGGUAGCAACACAACAUGACAACAACACGGUAGCGACACAACAUGGCAGCAGCACAACAUGGUAGCAACACAACAUGACAACAACACGGUAGCGACACAACAUGGCAGCAGCACAACAUGGUAGCAGCACAAACAUGGUGCAAACAUCGUUGGGCACAGACAACAGCACAAAGGGCCAGAAGGUAGAGACAACAAUACAUCAUGUGAAGCAGCCACAAGUGUCAGUAAGCUUGUCCAUGAUUGAGUCUUCGAAUGUAGAGAUGUUGUGGUCUAGGUGUAAAUGAUGUGUCCUGUAUCAUGUUGUCCACAUUUUGUUGAAAGCGCACAGAGAUCCAUUUUUUUUGCUUCUGUGACACAUUUGAUGAUAUAAAACAAAUGUAUUUUUGUACCAAUCAAAUCUCAGUCCUGAUGUAUUUUUGCACACGUCAAAUUUCAGUUUUCGUAAUAUUAUGUCCCCCAUUGAUACUGUACUAUAACAGCUAAGAUGGCACUGUGAUACCCCAAAAGUUAUCUAGUGCAAUGUUGUUACAAGUAGAAAUCUUUAAGAAGUGGAAAUCUGAUAUGCAAAUAAAUCUGUUAUAUUGCACAAUUGA